AUGGCCAUACCACCAGGAAAAAAUGACAGUAAAUCUAAACAACAUGCAGCUGGUGCGAGAUUCCGUCAACGGAAAAUCUCCGUUAAACAACCACUCCAUAUUUACAAGCAAAAAGAUUUACCUUCACUAGAUGCUUCAGAACUAGAACCCAGUCAAGUCCACCACCUACAUAGCAGCAACAAUAUCGGACAACCACCACGAGAUAUUCAUGCUGUCGAGACCGGUGUUGACAAGAAUGAAGAAGAAGAGGUGCAUCUACAAAAGGUAAUCAAUGCGGCUCAGCGAGCAUUAUCGAGUCUAAGUGCAAACAAUUUAAAAGAUUCCACUAAUAACGACAACGAUAACAACAACAACAACAAUAAUAAUAAUAAUAAUAACAACAGUAAUGUUAAUGAAAAGGAUUUAUAUAUCCCAACGCCAGAUGCGUCCAAGACCUGGGCUGAUGCUAAGAAGUACUAUGAGGAUCAGAGUUUUAAACAACCUGAGUCCUAUAUCAAGUUUAGCGCCACAGUGGAGGACACCGUUGGUGUUGAGUACAAUAUGGACGAAGAAGAUGAAACAUUUUACAAUGAAGUGUUACUGAAGAUUGCACCCCUUGGAAUCAAAAAGAAAGCCGACCAGAGUCUGCAGAAAUGCUCUGAAUUAGAGUUUGAAACCGUUUGUGACCGCUUUGAAAAGACAAUUGAAAGCCGACAACCAUUUUUGUCAAUGGACCCCUCAAACAUACUAUCAUACGAAGAAAUCUCUGGUUACAUUAUAGACCAAUUCCAGUGCACUGUCAAGACAAGCAAUCCUUAUGUCGAGACUAGUGGAGGCAAUUUGGAGUACCUUUCAACAUCCACCUUGAAAGAACGGCUUUCAAAGGAAAUCAAUUUCAAACCAUACACCACUAUAUUUGACAAAGAUCAACAGCACACAAACCCAGUUCGUCCAAUCACUAAAUUGCUCGAGCAUUUUGGUAAACCAAUUUACGAGCAUUGGAAGAAUAGAAAGAUUGCACGAAAAGGUAGAAGCAUACAACCAACAUUACGUUUCGAAGACCCAAAUGCUAAUGAAAAGGAUAAUGAUAACGAUCCAUACAUUUGCUUUCGAAGAAGAGAGUUUCGUCAAAUUAGAAAGACGCGACGAGCGGAUACUGUUGGCGCCGAGCGGAUUCGUCUAUUGCAGAAAUCUUUACAUCGUGCAAGAGACCUUAUCAUGGGCGUUUGUGAGCGAGAGCUUUUGAAUCUCAACAAUUUGCUGGCAGAGGCUGAGAUUUUCAAGGUUCGUUGUCAAGCCAAGGGUGUCAAGAGAGAGCUUGGUAUCAAAGGUGAUGAUUACUUGUAUUUUCCACAUAAAAAACGGAAACUUGUUAAAGCAAAGGAAGAAGAAGAAGAAAAGGAGAAGGAGAAACGGAAGGAAAAGAAGAAGCAAGAAACCGAAGCUGCUGCAGAAAAGAAACAACAGCAACUGCAGCAACUGCAACAGCAACAACAACAACAACAACAGCAGCUGCAGCAGCAACUGCUGCCACAACAACUGCAACAACAGCAACUGCCACAACAACUGCAGCAGCAGCAACCCCAACAACUGCAACAGCUGCAACAACAAGAAGGUGCUGCAUCGAACCAGCCAUAUAUCAAACUUCCUGCAGCAAAAGUUCCAGAUAUGGAUCUUGUUACUGUGUCUGUGGUCUUAAAAGAAAAGAACGAUACUAUCAAACGCGCUGUAUUUGAAAAGCUUCGCAAAAGGAAAGAACAGGAUAAAGGUUUUAUCAACCUCACUGAUGAUCCCUAUGAACCCAUUUUUGAUAUUUCAACCAACGACCAUGCAGUGGAUACAACUCGUAUUCCAUAUUCAUCGAUUGCUGCCACAAACUUUUACCAAUUCAAUACCUCCAAUUAUUUGAGUGAAUCACUCAAAUCCUUCCUUAAAGAUAGUAAACCUUUACCUGGUGUGCGCACAUUCAAAGGUAACGAGGGCGAGCUUGUGCCCACAAAGGCAUUCCCUCAUAUACUGUCUCUUUUGCAUGAAAAAUUGUCAAAUAAUCAAUAUACAUCUACGAGCUACAUUGCCAAGCUUUUGCGCAAUAUCGAGACCAAUAAUUAUGACAAUUACUCGCAUGGCUUUAUAAAAGAAAGUCUUGCUGAGGCGAAACAACAAGAAGAGGAGAAUGCUCGGUUAUCUGAACCAAUUUUCAGAAUGCGGAAACGAGCUGGUCGUGCCAAUAGAAUGUUUAUAGAUAGACGCGGCCAGCCAAAAGCUCUUGAUGUUGUGGAUGAGUUUAUGAAUAUUCCCGAAGAGGAUGAGUCAUUGAAUGUUUAUGAGAAUCAAACAGAUGCAAUCAAACGGUUGAAGUCCAACUGGAGGUUUGAUUCAGAUAUGCCCGAACUUCAAAAGGGCGAAUACGAUCCAUUUAGUCUUGAUCCAUCAAGGCUCAACAAUAUUAGUGAUGACACACAGGCUAUACGUUUUGGUUCCAUGCUUUUAUCUAAAUCAUAUGGUUUAUUAAAAGAAUCAGUUCAGCAGAAGCAGCAGUCAUAUGUUCAGCAACAACGUAUGAGAGCUUUACAACAGCAACAACAACUUGCCAAUAGACAAUCACAACAAGCUGCUAUAGCUGCUGCCGCCAACAAGAAUAGCAAUAACCUGUCACAGCAGCGUUUGCUGCAAGCACUGCAGGCUCGCAAAUCCCCACAGCCUUCUCUGGCAUCUGCAUCUACACAAAAGAAGCUCAGCUCCAAUGCCAAUCAAACAAAGAUUUCUUCCAACUCUAACUUAGCGAAUUCUAAGCAAUCUUCAACGGCACAAACUUUGAUAAAUAAAGCAACAUCACCCUCUGCACCUGCACCCUCUGCACCUACACCCGCAUCUUCACAAACUGCAGCACCAUCACCAGCUGCACGUGUACCCCCUGCACCAGCACGCAUACAUUGA